AUUUUGAAAAUUUUCAGCCUUAGUUCAAUCUUUACCGACAUUUAUUCUAAUUAAUCUGUUUGAUGAUCGUUGUCGAUUGUUUGAUGGUGUUUAUGCUAAACGAACACAAACAAAUACUUUUGUUCUCUAUUUUAUACAUUCUCAUUUGUUUAGUCUAAACACACCUUGAAAAAUCGUUUUAAAUCGUACAUUCAUUGUGCACCAGGCUUAAUUGCUUUGUGAAACGUUGCCAACUUCGUGGCGCGUGAAAUUGAAAACCACGCAAGGCCAGUGCAUAAUCGUGUAUUCUUGGGCUCGUAUAGUUAACAAAUAUAGAAAAGUAUUGUUGAGUAAAAUAUGAGAGCAAUGUCUCAUCAUUAUGUAGUAACAGCACAUAAACCUACGGCUGUCACCGCAUGUGUGACUGGUAAUUUUACUUCACCUACGGAUUUGAAUCUCAUCCUAGCGAAAAAUGUUCGAUUAGAGAUUUAUCUUGUUACUCCAGAAGGUUUAAGACCAUUGAAAGAAGUUGGAAUUUAUGGGAAAAUAGCAGUCGUAAAAUUUUUUAGACCGCCGCAUGAGAAGAAAGAUCUUUUGUUUCUUCUGACUACUCGUUAUAACGCUAUGAUUCUGGAAUGUAUUGGAGAAGGAGAAGAAAUAGAAAUCAUAACAAAAGCACAUGGAAAUGUGGCGGAUCGUAUUGGAAAAGCAUCUGAAACUGGAAUUAAAGCAGUGAUCGAUCCUAAAGCACGUGUAAUUGGUCUCCGAUUAUAUGAUGGGCUUUUUAAAAUCAUACCACUUGACAAGGAUAAUCCAGAAUUAAAAGCAUCAUCAAUACGAAUGGAUGAACAACAAGUACAAGAUGUGAAUUUUCUUCAUGGAUGUGCUAAUCCCACUUUAAUUUUAAUCCAUCAAGAUAUCAAUGGUAGACAUGUUAAAACACAUGAAAUAUCUUUGAGAGAUAAAGAAUUUGUUAAAAUACCUUGGAGACAAGACAAUGUAGAACGCGAGGCUACAAUGGUUAUUCCUGUUCCUUCCCCCAUUUGUGGUGCAAUAAUAAUAGGUCAAGAAAGUAUAUUGUAUCAUGAUGGAACUACAUAUGUUGCAGUAGUACCACCAAUUAUUAAACAGAGUACAAUUACAUGUUAUGCUAAAGUUGAUAAUCAAGGACUCAGAUAUUUAUUAGGAGACAUGGCUGGGCACCUGUUUAUGCUAUUUUUGGAACAAGAAAAGAACCCAGAUGGUACACAAGUUGUGAAAGAUUUAAAAGUUGAACUUUUAGGAGAAAUUAGUAUACCAGAAUGCAUUACAUACUUAGAUAAUGGAGUAAUAUUUGUUGGUAGUCGUUUGGGUGAUUCACAGUUAAUUAAAUUGAUUACAAAAGCAGAUGAAAAUGGUUCCUAUUGUGUUCCAAUGGAAACCUUUACUAAUUUGGCACCGAUAGUUGAUAUGGCAGUAGUCGAUCUUGAAAGACAAGGACAAGGACAGAUGGUUACAUGUUCUGGAGCUUUCAAAGAAGGUUCUCUUAGAAUUAUUAGAAAUGGAAUAGGUAUUGAAGAACAUGCGAGUAUUGAUUUGCCAGGGAUCAAGGGUAUGUGGGCACUUAGAAUUGGUGGUGGCAAUUUUGAUAAUACCUUAGUAUUAUCAUUUGUUGGACAAACCAGAAUUUUAACUUUAAAUGGAGAAGAAGUUGAAGAAACAGAUAUUCCAGGCUUUGUGGCUGAUGAGCAAACUUUUCAUACUGGGAAUGUUACAAAUGAUUUAUUUAUCCAGAUAACGCCAACAUCUGCUAGAUUGAUUUCACAUGAAACUAAAACGGUUGUUUCUGAAUGGGAACCAGAGAACAAAAGAACUAUUAGUGUCGUAGCUUGCAAUGGUACACAAGUACUCUGUGCUACAGGAAAUGAUUUAUUUUACAUGGAAAUUUCAUGUGGACAAAUUGUACCAAAAGGAUUUGCUACCUUACAGUAUGAAGUAGCAUGUUUAGAUAUAUCACCAUUAGAUGGCAAUACAGAAGCAAAAAUCGCUGCAGUGGGUUUAUGGACUGAUAUUUCUGUCCGUAUUUUAACUUUACCUGCUUUGGAAGAAAUCAAUAAAGAAUUACUCGGAGGUGAAAUCAUUCCUAGAUCUAUCUUAAUGACAUGCUUUGAAGGUAAUACAUACCUUUUAUGUGCUCUUGGAGAUGGUAGCAUGUAUUAUUUUACUUUACAUAAACAAAAUGGUAUACUUUCUGAUAAAAAGAAAGUUACUUUAGGUACACAACCAACAGUUUUAAGAACUUUCAGAUCAUUGUCUACCAUCAAUGUUUUUGCAUGUUCUGAUAGGCCUACUGUAAUUUACUCAUCAAAUCACAAACUAGUAUUCAGCAAUGUUAAUUUGAAAGAAGUAAAUCAUAUGUGUUCUUUAAAUGCAGAAUCAUAUCCUGAUAGCUUAGCAUUAGCAACCGACAGUACUGUAACAAUAGGAACAAUUGAUGAAAUACAAAAGCUGCACAUUCGCACAGUUCCUCUUGGAGAGUCACCAAGACGAAUUGCUUAUCAAGAAAAUUCUCAAACAUUUGGUGUAAUAACUAUGCGGGUUGAUAUUCAAGAUAGUAGCGGUGUUAGUAUUGUAAGGCAUUCUGCAUCAACGCAAGCUGCUUCUACAUCUAGUAGCAGUCACAUUGCAUCUCACAAUAAGCCUACAGCAAGUGAUAUUAGUCAAGAAAUUGAAGUACAUAAUUUGCUCAUUAUAGAUCAACAUACUUUCGAAGUUUUACAUGCUCAUAUGUUAAUGCCUAAUGAGUAUGCGUUAUCAUUGAUAUCGACAAAGUUGGGCGAAGAUCCCACUUUCUAUUAUGUGGUUGGAACUGCACUUGUUAAUCCUGACGAGACUGAACCAAAAAUGGGUAGAAUACUUUUAUAUCAUUGGAACGAUGGAAAACUCACGCAAGUUGCUGAAAAAGAAAUCAAAGGAUCAUGUUAUUCUUUGGUCGAAUUUAAUGGAAAACUUCUUGCCAGUAUUAACAGCACUGUCCGUUUAUUUGAGUGGACUGCUGAAAAAGAACUCAGGCUAGAAUGCAGCCACUUCAAUAAUAUCAUUGCUCUUUAUUUGAAAACAAAAGGAGAUUUUGUUUUAGUUGGAGAUCUGAUGAGGUCUCUUACAUUGCUUCAAUAUAAAACAAUGGAAGGCAGCUUUGAAGAAAUUGCAAGAGAUUAUAAUCCAAAUUGGAUGACUGCUGUUGAAAUUUUAGAUGAUGAUACAUUUUUAGGCGCUGAGAAUUGUUUCAAUCUCUUUGUUUGUCAAAAGGACAGUGCGGCUACAUCGGAAGAUGAAAGACAACAAAUGCAAGAAAUUGGACAAUUUCAUUUAGGUGAUAUGGUUAAUGUUUUCCGACAUGGAUCUUUAGUAAUGCAAAAUUUAGGUGAAUCAAGUACUCCAACACAAGGUUGUGUAUUAUUUGGAACCGUCAGUGGCGCAAUUGGUUUAGUUACGCAAAUUCCGUUUACGUUUUAUGAAUUUUUAAGACAUCUUGAAUACAGAUUAACAGAAGUAAUAAAAAGUGUUGGCAAAAUAGAACAUAGAUUUUGGAGGAGUUUUAAUACUGAACUAAAAGUUGAAAAUUGCGAAGGGUUUAUAGAUGGUGAUUUAAUUGAAAGUUUUCUUGACUUAAGUCCUGAUAAAAUGGCUGAAGUUGCAGUGGAUCUUAUGAUGGAUGAUUCUAGUGGCAUGAGGAAAGAAGCAACAGUAGACGAUCUUGUAAAAAUAGUAGAGGAUCUUACAAGAAUACAUUAAAUGUAGUGUUUUGCCUGACUUGUAUAGUUUAUUAUAUUUUGAGAAGCUCAGAGAUGGAUAGAUUAAGGAAGGUCUUAAUGUUUGGAACAUAAAUUAAGAAAUGUGCGUACAACUAUCUAUUUAUCAUUAAUAGUACAAGAAAACA